AUGACCAUACAAAAGGUCAUGGAAUUUGAUUCAAGGUUAAAAAUCUCGGAUGAAUGUGUCUUACAAAAUAUACCUAAAGACCAAUUUAAAAAAUGUAAAAUAAAACCUGAAGUAUCAAAUAUAUGGAAUUCUGAUACUGAUGAAAAUCAUGAGGACAUUAUAAAAUUGAAUAAACCACAUGUUAAUAAUAAUAGUAUUAUUAGAGAUGCUAGAACUGAUCUAAGAAAAAUAUUAGCAAAAGCACUUUUUGGAACACCACCUAAUCGCAAUGAAUCUUUGUAUAAGAAGGAAGAGGCAUUAACGCAAGUACCUUAA